CAAAAACUCUGAGGUGUCGCGGCGUGGAGCACCACUGGAGCGCCAGAGAGCGCCAGGGACAGGGGAAAGGGGCCGCCGGCUCCUCGCGGGCUCCACAAUUGCGCCGCCUUAGCCUCGAUGGCAUGGCUUCUGCCGCCAAAAACCAGAUUUGUGCACCGUUGCAGCAGCAGGCCUGGCCUAGAGCCGCGCCAUGCACCAGCUGCCGUUCUUCUGCCUCUCCCGAUCGCCAUUACAGCGAUCUCCUGCCGGAUUCUUUUAACCAUCCGGCAUCCACUUCCUCCCCACGCUCGGCUUCUUUCUCCUCGCUUCAUUGUUGCUAGACUCAACAAGCAAAGACAAGCCGCCGUCCAUCGCUCGCUACCUCUUCACCAGCUGCCUAAUAGUCAGAACGUUUCCGGAAACGCGCGCAGACGAGAAGCUCGUACCCGAUCACAGACUAGUCGUCAAGUUUCCACAAGCCACCAGCACAUACACAGAUAUCCUUCGGCAGGUCCUGUAGUCACAACACCAUCACCCAGAGGACAAGAUGAAGGUCGCAAAGAUUGCUCUCGGUUUCGUGCUACCCGUAACGAUCGCCGCUCAGGGUUCCGCCGGCGCCAUGUCCGCGAUAUCAGACUUCUCGCUGGGCUCCCCCGGCACACCAACAGACAAGCACGCCAUGGAUGCGUCAUUCAUGGGCCUCAUCGUCUUCUCGGCAGCCGGCCUCUUCCUCUUGUGAGCGGCUGGCUGGCCUCCACACAACAACCAUUUCUUUCUGCAUCCACGCAAGCGAUACAUCUUCAUUUCGGCAGGCCCCUUCUUCUCUUCUCGGCACCACUUCUUCUCAUCUUAGAGCCGGCUUGCUGCGACAGCCAUAAUGUAAUGAGUUGGCGACUCAUGCGACAUUCAUGAUCCACGACGGAUAGGGCGCUUGGAGUUUCUGGUUUGGUUCUGGUCUUGUUCUUAGGAUACCCCCCCC